AAAAUAUUACAUUUUUAUAAAGUUUUGUUAACUUUAUUAGUAUUGAUUAGUAUUAGUAUUGAUUACCGGUUCGAGCAGUGGUAUCGGCGCCGGUAUGGCCGUAGAGUUUGCCAAAUGCGGUGCCCGUGUUGUAGUCACAGGUCGUAAUCAGGAUCGGGUCACAGCUGUGGCCAAUCAAUGCCGUGCAGUGUCCACACUGUUGACAACAACAACAAUACUGCCAAUUGUGGCCAACAUUUGUCUGGAAGCUGACUGCCAGCUACUGGUGAACAAAACUAUUGAAACCUAUGGCCAGAUAGACAUUUUGAUCAACAAUGCCGACUGUCCAGACAGUUGCGAUCUAUUGGAUCCAAUGUUUACUGAAAAAUUAGACCAAUUACUUGAUAUAGAGCUCAGGGCUACUGUCAGACUGACACAGCUAUCCGUACCUUAUUUAGAGAAAUCUAUUUUUGGUGGUAAUAUUGUCAACAUAUCGGCUAACAUAUGCACACACUCGAUGGUUUCAAUGCACUCUACGGCUAAAAGUGCACUACAAAUGUAUAGCAAGUGUGCAGCGGCUGGUUUGGCCUCCCAUGGUAUACGUGUCAAUGUUGUUGUUGUUGGCGUAAUUACUACGGAAACCAUGUCAGACUAUGGUAUUACCAAUGAUGGUCUGGCCAACUAUGCUGCCCGGCUACCAGUGCGUCGUGUCGGUCAAAUUGGUGAUAUAUGGUCAGCGGUUAGUUAUUUGGCCUCAUCAGUGAAAGCCGGUUUUGUUACCGGUUCAACUGUUAGGGUUGUUGGAGGCGAACACGUGGCGCACGUGUUUGUCGAACAAUAUCUAUAAAUUGGUUAUUAAAAAACAGAUAUUUUAUUUUUUCUUUAUU